GGCCAGAGAAAGGUCCCACACCAGCACCUCCGUUCCGCAGGGUGGAUAUUGCCCUGGGCUGCUCUUACAUGGGGGAAGAUGUUACAGGCUCGCUGCGUGCCUCUGGCGGCUGGGCCUCCGAGCAUCCUGCUACCCUCGUGCUGAGGAGUGUCAGCAUCAGAGAUGAUGGGAACUUGGAUGAUAUAACUGGGUACAAAGUCCCACAGGAAAAUCCUGACUCCUCUUCUCCCAUUGUCUUUGAAGCCUCAGCCCAGUCAGUAUCCAUCGCACAUGCAGAGUCCCUGCUGCACGCGGACUGCGGUGGGGAGGAGGUGAACUGCGAGAUCUCCCCAUCCAGCUCCCAGACGGCUGGUGAGGGGCCCGGCCGCACCUCCUGGUUCGUGGCCACCCUGCAGCUCUCCAGCGGGAUCAGUAUCGCCUUGGUGCUCAGAGGACCCCACUGCAUCAGCCAGGAGGGAGAGGAGCAUGAUGGAACACUGCAUCCAAAGCUGAUGAUUCCUAUGAGCAAGGAGGGGACGUUGCUAACCACAGUUGAAUUUCAGUCAUCAUCACGCAACACUUCCCUGCGCACGCAUCUUGGCAGCUCAGUCACCCUCGAUUGCCGCUUUGUCUUGGCUCCCAGCUCUUCGUUUUCCUCCCUGGAGUGGAGGAGGCAACACCAAGGCAGUGGCCAUAGCCUUUUCCGGUACCAGGUGGGGAGCACAGGCCCAGCAGCGCAGCCGAAACUCCACGUGGAUGUGGCAGAGCUGCUGGCGAGUGGAGACGCAUCACUUCGCCUACAAGGAGUGACCGUGGGAGACGAAGGGACAUACAUCUGUUUGGUGUCCACCCCACUGCACCAGGUCCAGCACAUCAUCCAGCUGCUUGUGGCUGAGCCUCCAAGAGUUCGUGUCAUUCCAUCAGUGGUGUCACUCGAGAGAGAUAUGACGACUACACUGACCUGCAACAUUGCUGGCUAUUACCCACUGGACGUCUCAGUCAGCUGGACACAGAAGAUUGCCAAGGAUGAUGCGGAAAUCCCUCUCUCAAAUGCACGUUUCUCCAGCCACCGGCAAAGCCGAGAUGGCACCUACAGCAUCACCUCCUACCUCAGCAUCAGCUCAGCCACGGCACGGGCACCAGCCACCUACAGCUGCCAUGUUUCACAUGUGGCCCUGGCAGAGCCCAUCUCUGUGAGUGCCCAUCUUAAGGCACCAGAGCAAACGGGAUCAGAAGGACUGGUGGGGGGUUUCAUCGCUACCACCAUUUUCAUCGUUGUCCUCUUCAUUUUGCUCAGGAGAAGAGCAGCUAAACCAAAGUCUGAGCAACUUCUAAGGGCUUCAGAAUAG